UCGGAGGUCAAGGUCAGGAGCGCGCUACUUCAGUCACCGCCGACAGAUGACGUUGUAACUCAACAAAAAUUUUCUCCAUUUCCACACAGGAUAUUUACACAUGAUCAUGGCUGAAGGAACAGACAGAAGCUAUAAAUGGGAGAAGUUGCGUGAGAUGCCGUCAAAAAGAGUAUUCUCAACUGCAGUAACAGUGGACGGCAAGAUCUACAUUCUGGGUGGAUGUGACCAUACCGGCAUCCCCAUGGAUCUAUUCGAAAUGUACAACACUAAAAACAACCGGUGGCAAUGUCUUGCUAAGUGUCCAGUCCCAAGAGCUGGCUCAGCAAUGGCAGUCAUUGAGAAAAAUAUUUAUGCCGUUGGCGGUGUCGGCACGAAGCAACAGCCAUUGCCAAAUGUGGAUCUGUUCAAUACGGAGACAAAAACCUGGAGGUCACUCCCUGAUUUAUCAACUGGUUUGAUCGGAGUGUCCACCGUGGUCAGAGAUGGUCAAAUCCUUGCUGUUGGUGGCAUGAAGACAAACACUGAUUGUUCUGAUGGCUUCAUGGUGUUUGAUCCAGAAAAGGAAGUUUGGAUCAGUAAGAAGCCAAUGAACCGUGCCAGAUAUGCUACAGGGUGCUUCAUUGUCAAGGAAAAGUUGUACGUCUUAGGUGGUCGAUUUGGUCGGGAUCCAGUAACAGCAGUGGAAGUUUAUGAUUUUGAAACCAAUGAGUGGAGGACUUUACCCGAUAUCCCAUCAAAGCGAGUUUUUCCUAUGUACACAGCAACAGAUACACAUAUCUUCAGUAUCGGAGGUCUGAUCAGUAAGGAAGAGGGAUUCUCAGGAGCUUGUGAAGUUUUUGACAUUGAAAAAGAGGAAUGGACAGUGUCGCCUAAUAUGCCAACCGCUCGUGGUGAUGGUGCCAUUGGAGUGAUCAAUGGGAAAAUGAUUGUGGCAGGAGGACUAGGUAACCAAGGAGUACCACAGAAGAAGGUCGAAGGUUUUGAUGUGACGAAUGGCUGCUGGUCAUCAUUAGAGGACAUCCCUAACACACAUUGUUCAUGUGCUUAUUUGAUGUACAAUAAGAAGUUAUACAUUGUUGGAGGACUGUCUGUGAAAGGACCAAGUGGAACCUUAGAGGCAUUAGGCAGCUGUUAGGAGGUCUUGUCUUACAUGUAAACAAUACCAACUUUGUAUCCAGGUUUAAGUUUUCUUUAAUCUUAAGUGAGAGUUGCUGCAUUUGUGAAAGCUCUGAUAGGAGAAUAGCUUAUAGUCUCAGAAGAUAGCAUUAAAAAUUGUUCAAAAUACAUGCCACAACCGAGGUUGAAUGACAUAAUAAACACAAUUUUGACGUCACACUGUGUAAAUGGCGGCCUCCGUGGACCAGUGUGUUUUUUCUUUGGAAUGGUCAGUCAAAGAUAAAUGAUCCCAUUGUAGCCAUCAUGUGAGCUGGUAUCGGCUCAGAAGUUUCUUGGUGGUUCAAGAUGCCCACUGUGAUUAGAGCAAGCCAGAGCUGCAGAUGUACUUACUCUUUUUAACUUUAAUAACCUGGAAUCUGUUUUGUAUGUUAUAUAGGAAUAGAACAUUGUUUAUCUAAUGCCAAAUUAGUUACUGGAUUCAUAUUAAUGCAGCUCUUACAUAUACUCGUCAGAUCAACAGAGUAUUAAAUAUUUUCAAGGGAUUCAUGUAUAUGUCUUUAGUUGUUGCUGAGAGCUGCUUUGUUUCAGAAAUGUCUUCUUCCCUAUACACUGUCUGUAAGGUUUACUAUGGGGAUCAUAUUUUUGUGUCAAAUUCUUUAUUGCAUUUUACAAUGAAAUAACCAAGGCCUUGUUUGCUUUUGGUUGAGGUGCUGAUUUGUGUUUCAGUUAUGUUGGAGAUUGUCGGCAUUCUUUAUAGAUUUAUUUGAUUUUAACAUGAUUUCUACUCUUAUGAAUUCUGCCAUUUCAAGUUAACUUGAGAUUAUUUAACCGUCUGUUACAUUGUGUUUUAUGAACAAAGUCCACGGAUCCACUGUCUUACUGAUAUAGAUGUCUAAACCAUGGCAAGUGUGACAAGUGACUCUACUUUUCCUCUGGUUCAAAUAAUUUUAUGGGUGAACUUUGUACAGAUUUGCUCAGUGCUUCCUUCGAAUUUGUUCAUCACCAUUCUUCUGUUACUUCUCAGAGAUACAUUGUACUUCUUUCUAGUUUCACACAUUUUAUGUUCUCAUUCAUCACAUUUGAUGAAUUGAGUUAUGAAGAUAUUCUCUUUCCUGUGAGAGCAUUCUUCAGUAUGUUUUCCUUGGUGUAGAAUGUUGACAGUCUAAUUCGGAAUGAUUCAUGAUACUGCUGGUCAAUGUGCAAUUGUCUUACCAGUCAAUAUUGUAAACAAUCGUAGUCCUUUUCAGUUAUUGUAGAAAACUGUGAAGUACACUGAAUGUCAGAUUUCUCCAGCUUAUGAUAUGAUGUUUUGUCUGCAUCGUUUGGGGCUCUGGAGCACAAACUACAGAUUGGAUUUCUUUGAAGUUGGGUUUUAUUGCUCAUGAUCCCAUGAUUCCUCACAAUCAGGAUUUUCUCAUUUCAGUGACCAUUGUGACGAAAUGAUUUUGCUGUACAUAUUCGUGUGCAUUGACUUCGGACAUUUUCCGUUCUGUGCAGUUUAUUUUUCUCAGCCAAUGUGUACGAAAUGUUGAGGCGAUUAUUUUUGUGUCCAUGUAUCUACUCAUGUACCAAUGUAGUUCCGGUCUGAGCCCAAAGGUGGCGGACAAAACAUUGAUGAAGUAAAGAUUAUUGGUUGAACACAUUA